UACAUCAAACAACAACAUGGCCCAACACUUAAUCUCUCCUCUUAAAAUACCAGGAUUUGGCAUAUAGAAAUAUAAAUCCUGCUUGUGUUGGCCAUUGUUGUUCAGCAACUACAAUCAUGGCGACAUGAAAAACCAAUGAAAUAAUAAUAACAUUAAGCACCUUAUUGCUUCAUGAAAUAUAAACGAUUGAAUGAAUUGAACUUAAUAGAGAGAACUCUUUCCAUAUUGUAAUGGACAUUUACAAAAAAUAUGUAGGCAUAGAUGAGAAAAACUUAACUGUUGUCAAAUGAUGAAUAAUUCAUUGUGUUUGACUUUGUUUAAAAGGACACAGAUCACUGUGUUUUUUUUUUUUUUGUCUUUUAACUUAAAAUUGGAAGUUAGUGAGUCUAUAGAUACAAUUUUAAAUGUUUUCAUAAAACAUGUUUUCUCUUCUUUCUCUGACAAAAUUAGGUAUUUUAACCUUUGUGUGUUCCAUAGCGACUGGUCUUUAGGGGCCUGGUUUUACCUCUGUUGGCUGCAAACAUGAAAAAUCAAAACAUGUUGAUAAUAAAAUCAAUAUAUCAAAAUAUACUACUUACAUUUCAUUUACUCGAGUGCAACACAUAAAAUAUGUUAUGUAAAUCCUUUUUGGCUCAUUCUUUGGCCAUUUUGACUUAUUAAGUAUAGAGAAGCCUGAAGGUGGGGCUAGCUCAUUUGUGCAAAUGAAAAUGUAUUGCAUUUUGCAAGCACAUGCUGAUUGGAUGAUUUUGGAUUGAUCUUAAUCAUGUGUACACCCAUUGAUAUAUAUUACUGGAUUGGACAACAUGUAACUACCUCAUGACACACAUGCAGGAUUGCUAUGCAUUGAGUCAGGAUGGCUGCAGAAGCAGCGUCAGAAGUACACAAAGCUGGUUCUUUUUAAAGAGCAAUGAAGUUCUAUGAGUAGAAUCCCAUCUUGUUUUGGACAGUUUCACUUGAAUGUAACUGAUAUAUAAUUGACAUGAAAUGUUAUUUGUGAAAAUCCUUGAAAAAUAAGCAAUGUACACAGGUAUGCCAUAAAAAGUAGUACAGUGUUUUAAAUAUGUUAGAAAACGUUUUACCGGUUAAUAAAGGUCAAAAAGAAUAAUAUAAUACAAGGAUUACAAUAAUCAUAUAAUGUAAUUUGUUAGCGAAGUUUAUUAAAGGUACAUAGAAUCUAAAUUCUUGGACAUUUUAGCAUUAGGCUACAUUAUGGCUAGCAUUUUUACUUGUCGCCACUAGUGUUUUUGUCUUACCUGCUCCUUUAUGAACAAAUAUUAAUUUACCGCACUUUGGUGUAUCAGUGCCCAGUGCUUUUUUUUUUUGCCCUCUCCCUCUUUGGCUGCCUCUCUCGCUCUAUUUUAAAAGCUCUGCACUGCUGGGACAGACAGCCUCAGAAAAAGAAAGGAGGAGGUGUCUGGGAGCUUCAGUGAGUCUGAUUCACGAGUGAACCACAGGAAAGGCAUGGAUUGUUUAUUUACAAAAGCACGACCUGGACAGAGCCUGAUCCAGGAAAUGUUCCGGUGUUCCCCAUAGCCAGUCCUCCAAUGGGCCAGGUGACAGGGGUCAUAUGAAUCCUCUUUUUAUUCAUCAGUUUAGAAAUUUCAGCAUCAAGGGCAGAAACCAACAAACAGGCAGCUUGAGCUGUUAGACAUCAAUUGACAGCAUGGCUUGUUUGUAGCAUAGGAGGUAUACCUGUCAACACUAUAAUGGACAGCUCCCAGACUGCUUUUAGAUUUCUGUUUAGGGAGAGUACAUAUUUAUAUGUAUCAUAACAUCAGCUUUAAUUAGAGCCAUAUCUUAUAAAAUCAGAUAAGAAAUAAAGGUGCUAAGAGUGGUUUUGUGACAGGACAGCAUGGUUUUGUUGACAAGACUCAAUGCAUAGCAAUGGCACCUACAUGUGCACAUUACUACCUACAGUGGCUAAUAGGCGAUGUCCAAUCCAGUAAUAUAUUUCGAUGUGUAUAACAUAUGGUUGAGUGUAAUGCGAGGUGCAGAUGGAGCCAGAGCAGUUUAAUUGCUUUUAAACUGUUGUGGGUGGAACUAUUUCCUGUUUGACCUACAAUGACGUCAUUUAACAGUCAAGAACGGAUAGGUUAGCUUGUUGGAUGGGUAAUCAAUCCCAAGUGAAACAUUGCGAGCAGUUAAAAGAGGCAGGAGCUUUUCAUUUCUGUUGUCGCUACCUACAAACUUAAAGAUGAAUAGAGUGGACAGAGAAACCCGAGGUUUGUUGGUCACCAGACGUAUUAUCACUCAAAUGAAAAAUAAAAUAAAUAGGUUUUCCUCCAAGAACUUUUUAGUUAAGUAUCAAAUACAUCCUCAACAAGAAAGCAAUGAGAACAAAGACAAUUCUUGACAAAUUUGGGAUCUAUGAUGCAUCUCCUUGAAACGCCCUAUGUAUAAAUACUGAUUUAUUUAUCCCUUGAAUUUUUGUUUGUAUUAUGUCUUGAAAAAUAUUAAGCCAUGUGUGGAAGAAUAUUUAAAAAACAAUAAUAACCACGGCUCUGAUUUGUGCCCUCCUUCAUUUUGAAAAGUCAACAAAUAGCUAAAAAUUGUAUUGUGUUGUAUAUAGUGAGGUUUAGGUAUAGGCUUAAGCUCUUUGAUCAGUUUGUUUGCUUCAAAUGAAAGAAAAAAUAAUUUUGCCAUGAUCUUAAAUUGUUAUUGGUACUGGAUUUCAUUUCUGAAAUAAAAUCAUUGUUCCAUGUUGGAAAAGGACAAUUCUCUCCACAUAUACCUAAGUAGCUAGACACGCUAAAUGUUAGAAAUAAAUUUAAAUAAGAAAAAGAGAAGAAAAGUCUGGGCUACAACCCUGAUAACAGCUAUUAAUGGCCUUAUAUCUGACUAUCAUAAUGAAUCAAACCAAACCAGUCAACCCUCCCCCCGGUGCGCGCAUGCGCAGAACAGUGCAGGGAGCUGUCCGCGGCAGUCGGUGCUGGAGUGUUUCACCCGCAGCAGCUUCACCGGACACAGCUACAGGAGACAUGGAGGAAGAAUUGAAAUGCCCUGUUUGCGGUUCCUUCUUCAAGGACCCGAUCCUGCUGCCGUGCUCCCACAAUGUCUGCCUGUUGUGCGCCCGGAACAUCACUGUCCAGACGCCGGAUGGAGAGACUCCGGUGCAGAGCCGUGCCUCCGGCAGCUCUGACUAUGACUACCUGGACAUGGACAAGAUGAGUCUGUACAGCGAGACGGACAGCGGGUACGGCUCCUACACCCCCUGCCAACUCAAGUCUCCAAACGGGGUGCGGGUUUUUCCGCCGGUCGCCCACCAUCGGAACUGCUCCCUCACCUGUCCGCUGUGCCACCGGAGCGUCUCGCUGGAUGAACGGGGGCUACGGGGGUUUCCUCGGAACCGGCUUCUGGAGGCCAUUGUGGUGCGGUACCAGCAGACCCGCGGCAUCCCGUGUUCUUCAUCUUCCUCGGCGGUGAAGUGUCAGCUGUGCGACCGCAACCCGGUUGUCGCCACGGUAAUGUGCGAGCAGUGCGAUGUAUACUACUGUAACGCCUGCCAACAGCGAUGCCACCCGUCCCGCGGUCCGUUGGCCAAGCAUCGCCUGGUGCCACCGCCGAACCAAGCGGCUGGAGGGGCGGCCAGCGGCGGCGGUGCUGGAGGAGGCAGCGGUGGUCAGCAGCCGCCCUUCACCGCGCGAAAAGCGGGGACCUGCGUGGAUCAUGACUCGGAAAACUUCGGCAUGUACUGCUGCAGCUGCAAGGCUCCAGUGUGUAUGAAGUGUUUGGAGGAGGGGAAACACGCCAAGCACGACGUCAAACCGCUGGCUGUGAUGUGGAAGCAACACAAGUGCCAGCUCUCCCAGGCUCUAAACGGCGUCUCUGAUAAAGCUAAAGAAGCAAAGGAGUUCCUGGUUCAGCUCAAGAACAUGAUCCAGCAAAUACAGGAGAAUGGUGUGGAGUUUGAAGCUUGCCUUGUGGCUCAGUGUGACUCUCUGAUCGAGGCGCUGACGAGACAGAAAGCCAAACUGCUCACCAAAGUCACCAAGGAGAAGGAGUACAAAUUGAAGGUGGUGCGUGACCAGAUCACCCACUGCACCAUGAAGCUGCGGCAGACCACCGGCAUGAUGGAGUACUGUCUGGAAGUCCUGAAAGAGAAUGACCCCAGCGGAUUCUUGCAGAUCUCAGAUGCCCUGAUCAAGCGGGUGACGUCAUCUCAGGACCAAUGGGUGAAGGGGGCCCUGGAACCAAAGGUUGGCCCUGACUUUGACCUCACCCUGAAUACAGACUCGUUGAUGCAGACCAUCCUGCAACUGGACUUUUGCCAGGGAAAAGAUGUGCAGGAGAAACCAGUAUUGAAACUAAUGCAGGCAGCAGACAGUGGUGAGGCUGAGAUGGAGGCAGAGAGCACAGGAGUGGAAUCCGGACCCUCGGUACCAGCGGCUCCCCUUUUGCAGCUGGAGAAGUGCUGCACCAGGAACAACAGCGCUACCCUGGGCUGGAGGGUAUCAGUGCCUACAGGCUGCCCCAUCGAGGGCUACAUCCUGGAGCUAGAUGAUGGAAAUGGAGGACAAUAUAGGGAGGUGUAUGUAGGGAAAGAGACGGUCUGCACGGUGGACGGGCUGCAUUUUAACAGCUCCUACAACGCCAGGGUGAAAGCCUACAACGGCAUCGGAGUGGGACCGUACAGCAAGACGGUUGUGCUCAAGACUUCUGAUGUGGCUUGGUUCACCUUCGACCCCACAUCGGCUCACCGGGACAUCACCCUGUCUAAUGAGAACCAGACGGCCACGUGUAGCAGCUACGACGACCGCGUGGUUCUGGGGACGGCUGCGUUCUCUAAGGGAACUCACUAUUGGGAAGUCAGGAUCGAUCGCUACGACAACCACCCGGACCCUGCGUUUGGCGUGGCAAGGAUUAACACCAUGAAAGAAAUGAUGCUGGGGAAAGACGACAAGGCCUGGGCCAUGUAUGUGGACAACAACCGCUCCUGGUUCAUGCACAACAACUCUCACACCAACAGAGCGGAGGGGGGCAUCACUAAGGGCUCCACUGUGGGCAUCCUGCUGGAUCUGACCAAACGCACUCUAACCUUCUUCAUAAACAAGGAGCAGCACGGACCAACAGCCUUCGAGAACCUGGACGGAGUUUUUGUUCCUGCUGUCAGCCUCAACAGAAACGUUCAGGUGACCUUACUGACCGGCCUGGAGGUGCCAAAUAAUCUCAAACAGUAGGAGCUGGUUUCUCCUCUCCAAGAGUGCCCUGGAUACAAACCUCUGAUGUCACAUGCAGCCUCAGCUCUCUUCUGUCUGAAAAUGUUCCUGAAAUGUCAGAUUGGGUUCAAUCCAUCUUUUUUGAGGUGCCAACGAAGGAACAAAUCUGAUUGGUUGUAAAGUCUUGUGGACAUUAUUGCACAGGCGAUUGGAGUAUUGAUUUGUUUUCUAGCAAUUCAACUCCAGGAUGCAAACAUUCAUUCAUUUUUGUCCUAACUACUACUAUUCCAUUUAUUUUAUAACAUGAUAAUCGAUCCUUAAAUAGUAAGGCCAAACAGCUAGAAGACAUUCUCACUGUGCAGAAAAUAUCUGGUAGAAUAAUAGCAGAGUUUACAGCAACAAGGUGCUUUAAGUGAUCAUAAAAUGAGAGAAGAAACAAUGAAGUUUUACUCCAAGCCUUUCUGCAGAUAAUCUGCCUACUUUGAAUUUACGCAGCCCCUUACUUGCAGAAAUAGCUCCUGUUCAAUUCAGUUUUUUUAAAUCACAUAUGCAUUUGUGGUUAACUGAACAAGGAAAAACAUGAGAUUGGAGGAUAAAAACAGGAAUUGCAAAAGCUGUAAAUGUGGUUCAAGUUUUUAGAAAACACAUCUUAGAUUUAAAGCAGAAUCCAAUAGCUGCCUAAAUUCAGAUAAAAGGACAUUAAAGCUCUCAGUACAGAGAAAUGCAACAUUUGUUGCAUCCCUGGCACCCAAAUACAACAUUUGGGUGCCAGGGAUGCUUUUAAAAAAGCAUCCCCCACAAAAUGCCUCAGAGGACUUGAUCGGAAACCUUCUCCAGAUCCACAAAACACACGUUGACUGGAAAACAAAACUCUUUUUACCCUGUUGGCAAAUUUGUGAGAUAAUUUGAUAUAUGGAUUAUAUGUAUGCAUACCUUGUGGCUCAGUUCCAAGAUACAAUUAUAGGCUAAUAUAGUGAGUAUAGCCCCUUUUUAAUUCCAAUUAUACUUGCUUCAGAAGCUGUUUAAUCUCUAUAAUGAGGCUGAAAAAUCUCAAACAUGUAGCUUCAUCUUAUUUAAUUUAGCAUAAUUAAAAUACUCAACCCGAAGAUGUCUGUUUUCUUGUAAGAAAGCAUAUGCAUCUCCAUACAGUGUCACCCAAGUUCAAUUUGACAUGUGUUCCCAGAAUUCUAGAUUAUCAGCUACAAUGCUGAAAUAUCUCUUCUGUAUUUUAGAUAAAGUUUAUGUAACCAUCUGUUAUUUUGUCAUUACCAGUUGAAAUAAUUUGCAUCUCGACAAACAUAAAAAGGUGACCCAUUAUUCCCCUGUAGCGGCACAUCCUGCAGCCUCUUCCAGACUCUGUACAACAAAAUUAGCUAUCAGAAAAUUUAAGAUGAAAUGGACUUUAGUCAAACCUUUUUUUCAUUCUAUAGGACAAAUAGGCAUUAUAUUACAAUCAAAUGAGAUUGGAAGAAGUGUGUAUCAUGAUAAUUUCAUUCUGUGCUCAUCUCUUAGUCUCUCUGAAGAAACUUAGAUGCUCUCAAGCAUCUUUAAUGCAUCACACUGAAAGUGAUAUCCAAGUCACAUCAGGUUAAACCACAUCUGCUGCUGCAUUUUUUCAUUAGGGACGAGAUACGGCUACCUGGAGAGGACAGUAGCUUAAACCAGACCACUGUGACCUGAUGGUUGUAGGAUGUAACAUACGUGAAAUACACAACAGCCAAGAAGGCUUUAUCACAGCAGAGAACAGAUAGAGAGUUUAUUACAAACUGAAGGUUUUUGAUAUCGAGUUUUAUUACAUCUACUUCAUGUUUCUACUCCCUAACAGCAUGAGUGUGAGAGGAAUGAGAAAAGAUUGACCUGUCAUGUAAAAACUGGGUUUGUGUGUGAAUGAAGAUCGACAAACUGUAGAUACUGAUAUGUGAUUUGUGAUAUUAAGCAUGGAUUAACAACAAAAACGUUUGCAACUAUCUGAAAAUGUUAUUUAAAUAGUGUUCUGUUUUAUUGCCUCUGCGAUGAGUGAUAUUACUGUCAGCUGUAACAGGUCGCCCCCCACUGGCCAACGUCGGGAACGGCAGCAUUGGAGGAUGAUUAUCAGACAUGCAGUGUUGGUCUGAUCUGUUUUUCACACUUUGACUCACUGAAUUGUAAAAAUAUGUUUAAAUUCCUUUCAGUAAUUUAAAGAUCUUAUAAUGUUUAAACAUUUAAUCAGGGAUAUGAGGUAUGUAAAUUAUUCUUUGAAGUUUUUGGUUAUUUAUUGAUAUUUAGAAUACUGUUCAUUUCUUUCAAUGCCAGUUUCAUUUUAAACAGUAUGAAUGAACACAAAUGCACAACGGUGGGCAAAUUGUUGGUGUUUUUACUGCAUUCGAUCAGGUAAUGUUUUUAUUAAAGUCAUCUAGUAAGUUCUGUAUUUUCUAAACAUAUUUAUCUUUUAAACGGAAGAAAGUGAAAAAUGACUAAACCUUGUAUUUUGUGGAACAUGUGGUGAUAUAUUCAUUUAUUUUGUUACAACUGUUGUCUAAAAUCCCAAUUUAAUAUUUACAUGGGGUAUAAUUACCAAUUAUUUCUGAAACACUUUCCACUACUUAGAUAUUUAGUGCCCAGCAUUUUCCAUCUCAAAGCAGCUACAACUACUAUCACAGUACACAUUGCAUUAAACAAAUCCGUGUCAUACCUACACAUUUGGUCCCUUCCUACUUCAAUUAUGUACCUGUAAGCAAACCAGUUUGUACCCAUGGACCUAUGCCAUGUGUGGAUACAGUUAACACUUAAAAUCAUUCAUACCCCUGGCAGAUUUAUUCUUUUAAUUUUACCAAUGUUUCUUCUGACUGGAAGUAAUAUUAAAGUUUUGAUAAGGUCCAUCCAGAGUCCUGAUUUAAAUCUGAUGGAGAAUCUGUUUAGGGAGCUAAAAAUUAGGGUAAUGGCAAGGAGGCCUUCUAACCUCAAUUACUUAAGAGUUUAUCACCAAUAGAUAAAUCAUAAAAAUUCAGGAAUUAUAACAAGGUUUUGAUUUCUGUUAUCCCAGUAAAGAUCUUUCCUUUAAUUAUUGAGAUGGGUAUAAAUAAUUUUCUUCUCAGCCCUUUUUAAAACAUUUUAAAGAAAAUUUUAAUUUAUCUUUACACAUUUUUAACCCUUUGAGACAAGUCUGUCUCAUUUACUAUAGAAAAAACAACAAAAAACUUUAGAAACUAAUUUAAAAUCUAAACCUGCCAGGGGUAUAAAUACUUUUGGGGAAAUUCUCCAAAACCACAUAAAACAAUGUAAUAUAUUUUUAAACCAAAAUAGAUAUAAAUGUUAAGCAUUUUUUUCACUUACGCACCUUUGUCUGCAGAUAGGUUCGUAGUGUUUAGCCCCAAGCUCCUAACAUUAGCAACUAGCUGAAAAAAAAAAAAAAAAAAUAAAAAAAACAAUGAUGGUAUAUUUUUUUACCAAAAUGAAUGCUUAAAUAUUCCACCUUUACUGUACUCUGUUCCACUUCAUUAAGUGUAUUAUAAUAAUUUUUGUUUUAACCUCAUUCCAAUUUCACUCUAGCAAGCCAGAGUUGCUAACAGCUGCUAGGUCAUUAGCACCAAUCAGGCAAUGUCGCAAUUAGCUUCAUUAUACUGAGAUAAUGUUGACAAAUUUUUUUUAUUUUGAAAACUAAAACCACAAUUUCAAAGUUUAUAUUAUACCUUUACCUGACACGUAAGUUUCGUUUGACCAGAGACAUGUCUAGCUGACAGCAGAAAAAAAGCUAGCUAUAGCAUUUUAUGAUUUGGUUGCUAUUGACACAAAAAAACAGCUGCAGUAGUUUUGCAACUUACAAAUAAUAACAAUUAUAUCCAAAUAAUAAUAAAAACAUUUUUUAUUUACAUUGUAUUUGGCACUCGAGUAUGUAGCCCAUUUGACUUUCCCACUUUCACAUUUAGCAUAUUUUCUAGCAUGACAAAGACAUCAGGGUGAGCAUCUGCUGAAGGGGACAUGUGUCUAGAUAGCAAGCUUCCACCCAAGGGCUUUAUUUUUAUCACCUAGCUGCUCAGCUCUGACCCUGCUUUCACCUCCUUCACCAGAUCAACAACCUGCCCUGUGGCUGACUUUACUGUAACCAAAAAUAGAUUUCAGCCCAAUAGUUGUUGGCCUACAAAUCAAACGUGAGAAGAGAAACUGUUGUUUAUGCUCGGAAAGUCGGGAUGUGCAGGCUGUGUUUAUUGCUAAAUGGUUCAGAGGAAAUUUUACUUGGAACAAAUGAACUGUGGAGCUCUAUCUUACCAUGUUCUAGUGGUUUCAGAUGAUAUGUGGCUACAUUUUCUCUUUAUCCCAAAAAUGUUGUGACACACGUCAAUGAAAAAAUUAUUGAAUUGAUUGACAUGCAUACAUUGCUGUGUAAAUGUUUUGUAAGUGUGCUUGCAUGCCAUGUCCCUUUACCUGACACUUACCCAUGAAUGUGACUUAUUUCUUAGAUUUAACUUGCUGUUGCUGAGGAAAGCCCGUCUUCGCAUUUACAAAUUUAACUUAAAAACAGUAAAUAGGAAAAUAUCUUACCGAUUUAAAAAUAUGUAGAUAUAUCAAAUUACAGGUAUGUUUAAAUAUCUUUACUUCUGUUGACCAAACCAAGUUGACCAAACUUGUGUUAUCAUGCUGCUCAUAACAUACAGUUGUUGACUGAUGCUUGCCUGCAAAAUAUUAAACACCUAUAGCUUUCAGGUUAAAUAUGUUGCACAGAAGCUUCAUCUGUUCUCAUGCUCUUCAUUUUGGAAAACAAAAAACUCAAGAAGCUGCUUUGAGAAAACUUUAAGUAACUGUGACCUCACCCAGCUGCAAACAACCCAAUCAGUUGUGUCUUUCAUUAUUAUUCUGCUCAGCCCAAUUACUUUCACAUUGUCUCUCUAACAUCGGGUUUCUGUAGAAACUCCAGUGUUUACAGCUAAAGCACAGCCUGUUGAGAAUGGAAACAUGUUUUGUAAAUUUGAGCUUGAAAAACUGCAUUGGCUCCUGCUUCCUCAUGGUGUAUAUAUAUUUAUCAAAAAAAAAUAAUGAGUGUACUUUUUUUUUACCUCAAUUUUGUUCUCCAAUUGUCCCCUGCUGACAAUUUCCAUGUUUUGUACAACUACAUGGUUUGUAAAUAAUGAAAACACCAACUCAUCUCCAUACUUUUUAAAACCUAAACAUUAAAAGUACAAGACACUG